AUGACACAAACCGUCCUGCGGGUAGGCAUCCUCUCCGCAGGAACAGAGUCCAUCCGCCACCUCUACCUCCCGAUCCUCCAAACCCUCAACAAAUCCUACCAAGUCGUUUCCCUCUACGACUUCGCUGUUGCAACCCGACCGAACAGCAACAGCAAUGGCUCGUCCGAGAAGACGGACGGACCCCAGCUCGCCUCCACUCCUGAAGCCGUCAUCAACGACCCGAAUGUCGACCUCGUGCUCAACUUCAUGCCGAACGAGUUCCACGAGCGAUACACCGUGGCCGCCCUCGACGCUGGCAAACACGUCAUGGUUGAGAUCCCCGUCAGCCUGAGCAUCCAGAGCGCCAAACGCAUCAUCGCGGCCGAGCAGCGCGCGCCCAACCACGCCAAGGUCUUCGUCGCCUGCGCCCGCCGCUACGCCCCUUGCUUCGACGCCGUCUUCAAAAAGGAGGUCGCCAGCCUCGACCGCAUUUACUAUGCGCGGUGUCGCAACAUCGCUGGCCCGCACUCUGCUCAUACCGCCACCGCCCCAAAGAAGGACUGGUUCGCGACCAACGGUCCCAACACCGCCCCAACGACACCUUCAGGCCCCACCGCCGACGGUCGCGCCAUUCUUACGCGGCUCCUCAAUGAGGCGUUCGGCGGGGAGGACCUGACGCGGUCACGUCUGGCGCUGUCGCACUUCCUCGCGUCGCUGGGCUGCCACGAUCUGGGUCUGAUGCGGGAUCUAUUCGGCGACCCGGACGCCAUAUCGAACAUCACCGUCAACGAGCCGUUCUAUUCGAUCCUGCUGCACUAUGACGGCCGCGUCAGCCGCGGCGAGUACCCGUUCACGCUGAUGUACGAGACAGGCACCGACGCCGUGCCACGCUGCGACGCCCACAUUGCCGUCUACGGGAACACCAAGACGGUGAGCAUGUCGUAUGGCCUGCCGUACGCGUGGGAUCAGCCUAUGCGCGUGGUUGUCGAGACCACUGAUGAGACGGGCGAGUUGAGACGUACUGAGACCGUGAGCACGUGGGAGGAGACGUUGACGGCCGAGCUGCAGGCGUUACAUACGUUCCUGGUGGAUGGGACAGCUGCGAAGACGACGGCUGCCGAUGCGCUGCAGGAUCUGAGACUCUUCCAGACGAUAUACGAUAAGUACGAUCGGCAGUGUGGGACGAUUCGGACACCCCUGGGAUAG